AGAGAGAGAGAGAGAGAGAGAGAGAGAGGGAGCGGGGGGGUUCGAGGAGAUCGAUCGAAGAGGACUCGGCCAUGGUGGGGGUGUUCGAGAAGGAGGUGAGCUCCUCCUCCCACGCCCUGGACGAGGCGGCGGGGGAGAGCCCCCUGCUCCUGCCGCUGCACGGGGCGGGGCCGCAGCAGCAGGGGCAGGGGAAGGGGCGGCAUCUGUCGUCGCAGCCGAAGACGUUCGCGAACGUGUUCAUCGCGAUCGUGGGGGCCGGGGUGCUGGGGUUGCCCUACACGUUCAUGCGGACGGGGUGGGCGGCGGGGCUGGCGGUGCUGCUGGGCGUGGCGGCGCUGACGUUCCACUGCAUGAUGCUGCUGGUGCGCACGCGGCGCCGCCUCGAGCCCUGCAAGAUCGCCUCCUUCGGCGACCUCGGCAUGGCCGUGUCCGGGCCGCUGGGCCGGCUGGCCGUGGACUCCAUGAUCGUGCUCAGCCAGGCCGGCUUCUGCGUGGGCUACCUCAUCUUCAUCUGCAACUCGCUCGCCCACCUCCUCCCCUCCCUCCCCAAGCCCUCCUUCGUCCUCGCCAUGCUCCCCUUCCAGCUCGCCCUCAACUCCGUCAGAUCCCUCACCCUCCUCGCCCCCAUCAGCAUCUUCGCCGACCUCGUCGACCUCGGCGCCAUGGGCGUCGUCCUCGGCCAGGACCUCUCCGUGCUCGCCUCGGCGCCCCCGCCCGUGCGCGCCUGCGGCUCCCCCGCCGCGCUCCUCUACGGCGUCGGUGUCGCCGUCUACGCCUUCGAGGGCAUCGGCAUGGUGCUCCCCCUCGAGGCCGAGGCCGCCGACAAGCCCCGCUUCGGCCGCGCCCUCGCCCUCUCCAUGGCCUUCAUCGCCGCCAUGUACGGCCUCUUCGGCGCCCUCGGCUACCUCGCCUUCGGCGACGACACCCGCGACAUCAUCACCACCAACCUCGGCCCCGGCUGGCUCACCGUGCUCGUCCAGGUCGGCCUCUGCGUCAACCUCUUCUUCACCAUGCCCGUCAUGAUGAACCCCGUCUACGAGGUCGCCGAGCGCUGGGCCUGCGGCAACCGCUACUGCUGGUGGCUGCGCUGGGCCCUCGUCGCCGCCGUCAGCGCCGCCGCCGUCGCCGUCCCCAACUUCGCCGACUUCCUCUCCCUCGUCGGCAGCAGCGUCUGCGUCGUCCUCGGCUUCGUGCUCCCCGCCGCCUUCCACCUCAAGGUGCUGGGCCCCGACAUGGGCUGGCCCGGGGUCGCCGCCGACGUCGCCGUCGUCGUCCUCGGCAUCGUCCUCGCCGUCUCCGGGACGUGGUCCUCGCUCUCCCAGAUCUUAUUCUCGCCCGAGGUCUCAUCCUAAUCUCUUUCUUCUUCUUCUUCUUCUUCUUCUCGCCCGAUGCCGUCCGUCGUAAAGUAAAGUAAACUCUGAGGAGAAUGGAGUGAUCGAGGGGAGUGCAUCAUCAUCAUCAUCCCGAUUUCAAUUAAUACAGAAUAUAUACAUAGUUGAAAUAGAGGGGAUGGAUAGAAAUUAAUCACACGCACGUUGAGUUGAGUUGAGUUGGAUGAAUUAUUUUUUUUUCUCGACCUGUUUGUAUUCUGAGAUAUUGGUGUGAACUCGGCAAUAAUGGAAAAAAGAACUGGGACUGGGAUUUGAUCCCGUAUGACAUUUUUAUUCUUGUUUCUUUUUUGCAUGAAAUGGAUGAUCUUUGUUUUAAAAAAAUUAAACAAAAAA